AUGUGUGAUGAAGAGAAACCACAAUGCGGGCAAUGCACCAAGCAUGCCGUUGUUUGUGACUUCUCGACUAGGGAAUCGGUACCUGCGAGCUCAGUAUCCUCGAGCAACACCACUGCAACGACCUCGGGCAUCAACUCGGCACUGUUGAACCCAGAGACACCUACCGGAACACCACCGAUAAGCCAUGAUGAUGAAGCAUGGCACUGGCGACGGCUCCUGCCCAGCGACUUCGACCUCGCGAGCGCCUCGUCGCUCAACAUCGCCACCAACAAUCCCAUCGAGCCCCAACUCGAGCUCAACAUGACCGACCUCGAGCUCCUCCACCACUUCACCGUCACGACCGCCUACACCCUCAGCACAGCUCCCGAGCUGCAGACCUGGUGGCGAAUCGAAGUCCCGCACAUCGCCUUCUCCUACCCUUUCGUCAUGCGCGCCCUGCUCUCCCUCUCGGGCAUACACGUCGCGCACACGCUCCGCUCCUCCUCCUCCUCAUCCGCGGACAACAACACCACCGCUACGUCCCCACCAUCCGCAAUACAUCCCUCCCUCUUCCCCUCCGCCUCCUCUUCAUUCUCCUCCUCCUCCGUCACCUCCUCCUCCCACAACAACAACAACCACCCCGAGGAGCGCCGCCUCAAAGCCGCCGACCACAUCAACCGGGCCCUCUCCCAACGAGACCUCGCCCUCCGCACCGCCCACGCCGUGCUCCCCAACUGCACCACCGCCAUCACCGCCGACGGCACGAGCACCUCCCUCUCUUUAAACCCCCACAUCUUCCCGCCCCUCUACGUCUGCGCCGCACUCACGACCCUCAUCGCCUUCGCCUCCCAACGGCCGUUUAACAACGAUGAAGACAGCACCGCCGCUUCCAAUGCCGACGAUCCGAACGACCUCCUCCUCCUCACCAUCGGCGACAACAACAACGGUGGUCCCGGCACCAUCGCGCCCUGGCUCCGGCUGUCUCGGGACAUCAAGCACGCAGUAGAUAGUGUGGUAGCGGCGGCGGAAGCAGGAGGAGGAGGAGGAGACGGUAGUAGUGGUCGAGACAACAACAUCUUCAACCCCGACAGCAGCCGCAACAGAACCACCCUCCUCAUGAGCAACGCCGUCGGCAUGCCCCUCCGGAUCGCCCGGUCACACCCACGCCCACCACAACCACCACCGCCACCGCAAUCGCCCUCACCAUCGCCGCCUCCGCAGACGACGACCACCGGCGGUGGUACCUUCGCCCUCCGAUACGACCCCUGCUACGGCUGGAGCAACGGCCACAGCCCCGGUGACGACUACGGCAACGGCAACAGCGGUAACGGUAACGGCGACGGCAGCAGAGCAAGCAGCAGGCCAAGGAGAUCAGUCCGGGAGACGGACCCCGCGGUGGCCGCGGGCACCGAAGAGCUGAGCGCGCUGCGGCGCUGGUUCGUCGCGCUGUACGAGCAGCGCUACCAGCACAUCGGCGCCGCUCUUUCUCCAGACGAAGACAUAGCAGCAGUGGCGGAGGCCGCGGCGGACAAGGCGGACCUGGCGUCGCUGUGCGCGGCCAUCGAUGCGCUGGUGGAGGCGUACGCGGCGUUUGAUGGAAGGCUGGAUGGAGGAGGUGGUGGUGGUGGUGUUGUUGUUGAUAGUGAGGAUGACAUGACGGUGGGGAUGCGUGCGAUACUGGGGUGGGCGUGUAAUGGCGCUGGCGUGGACGAGCGGUUCCUGGAGAGGGCGACGCAGCGGGCGCCGGCGUUUUUGGUCGUGUUGGCGUUUUGGGGCGUCAUGGUGCACUGGGUGGAUGGUGGUGGUGGUGGUGAUGGAGAAAACCCGAGCGGGGGGUUGGGGCGGCAGGGUGGACAACAGCAACAGAGGUCCUGGUGGAUUGGUGGAUGGGGCAAAAAGUUGGUUGGGAGGGUGGAGGCGGCGGUUUCGGAGCAAGAGGCGGCGUUGGAGGGUGGAGGAGGAAGGCCGGAUGGUGGUGGGGGGAGUGAGGUGGAGGAUGAAGUGAAGAGGGACUGGCGGAGGUGGUUGAGGUGGCCGUUGGAGCAGGUUGGGACCGAGGGUGAGAGAGGAAGAGUAAGGGCGGUGGAUUGCGUGGUUAUUUGA